AUAUUUCUACUUCAGAUGAAAAACAUUUUUUCAAAAGGCGGGAAGGAGAAAAAAGCGACAGGAGAGCUCAUUUGCAGAGCGGCACGCACAAGCAACUGAGGAACAUCUCCAAACAUUUACUGAAAAAGUUGGAUACUUCGUGUAAACAAAUCCCACCUCCUGAAAUAAAGAAUGGCAGACUAAUCAAACUGAAGAAGAGGAAAGUGGCGUCAGAGAAGUUUUACAUGGUUGCAGAAUUCAAAUGUCAUGAAGGAUUUGUAUUCGAAAAGCCACUUUCUGGCAAGAUGUAUUGCAGCAGAAGUAGAUGGGUUGGUAAAAUGCCAGAUUGUAAACCUGCCACAAAACUGGAUAUUUCACAAAAAGUUGGUGCUCUUCCAAAAAUCCAUCUCGGUGAAUGCCACCAUAGAUCCAAAUCGAAGUGCCCCCAUCUUUGCUAUGUGUACAAUGGAAGAACGACGUGCGGUUGUCCUCCUGGCUUCCAAGAAGUUAAUAAAAAUUGUGAAGAUAUCAACGAAUGUGAAGUUCCAAAAAUUCGGUCCAUUUGUAAGUUUGGCUGCAUCAAUUCCAUUGGCUCUUAUCAUUGUUUAGAGGAUUCCAAUGGAUACUUAUCUGAUGCCCCUGUUGAAAAUAAUGAUACCAUUCCAAAUGACGAUGAAGAAUACGACGACGAAGAAUACGAUGAUGAAGAAUAUGAUGAGGAAGAUUAUGAUGAAGACGAUUAUGAAGAUGCUGAUUAUGACGAUGAAAAACAUGUAGAAGGAAAGGAGGCUGAUGAAAUUUCGAAUAAUGAUAAGUCAGAAGAGUCACCCAAGGAAAAUAGUAAAAGUAAAUCAGAAUCUAUCAAUGAAGGUUCAAAGAAUAACGAUUUACUUUCUGAUAAAACAAAUAUAAAAUCCAGUUUGGAAAGGAGAAAUGACUCGGAGGUUAGAAAUGGAGAUAAAUCAGAUUCGUAUGAUGAUGAAUACGGAGAAGACUAUAAAGAUUAUGAUGAAGAGGUGAAAGUAAGCACUAGCAGUUCAACAUCUACUGUACCUAUUUCGCCUACUACUACCCCUUUACUCACUACCAACGUUGAUGCUGAAUAUAAGGAAGAUGAUUAUGACGAGUAUGACGAAGACGAUGAAAAUGAAGUCGAUACGAAGACACCCACAACUAUGUUAUAUUCUACUAGUGAUGCCACUUCUAUUACUUCUACAAGCAAGUAUGAAAUUGGAUUAGACAAACCUGAGAAUGUUGAUGGAAGCAGCAUAUUAAAAAUGACAGAAACGGACAAUGAAGAUACUAAAGAAUCUGGGAAUUUUUUCGCCAGCAAUGAAGUUGUUGAAUUUGAUGAUUCAACGAAAGAAAGAGUUGCUGACGAUAUCAAAAAGACCGUGGAUAUAUCAUCAAAUGGUAUAGAAUCAACAACAAAUGAAAACUUGGAUGGGAAUGUGAAACUAAAUGAACGCAUUGAUACAGAAAUCGAGAAUGAUGUAAAAUCAACAGAAGAUUAUGAUGAAUACGAUGAAAACGAUUAUGACGAGUAUGAAGGACCUAAUGAAGUUACUGAAAGAAUGAACUUGAGUGAUAAAUUCAGUACGACGAACCCGACUACAAUUACUUCUUCUACAGAUGGUUUUCAUACAAGUACAUAUAGUUCCGGAAAAGGCGAUGCCAUAACGGAAAUUUCGACAACCCUCAGUAGCCACAAAGAACAUGAAAACGAGAUACAAUACAACCGCAAUGCUGGAACUGAUACUGAUGAUGAAAGCACCGAAUCUGUGGAAAUAUCAACACAGAAUUCUAAAGAUAAUGAUUCAGUUGGGAACAAUGAGGAUUAUGAAGAUGAAGAUUAUGAUGACGAAUACGAAGAAUCUACGAUUGUCACUAGUACGACCAUCAGUAAUUUAGAGACUACUAAAAAGCCUACGGUGGCACCUGAUGGGGGAAUUGAAGAAGAUAAUUCAAUAAGACGGUAUUAUCAUGAAAGUUCAAGUGAAACUGAAGAAAGCGAAACAGAAACAGGCAUCCUCACAACAACUGUAACGGACAAAGGAGAAGAAGACAGCAAUAUGAAAAUAAACUUCACAAAUCUAAAUUAUAAUGAAAAUAUUUCUAGCUAUGAUGAUAUUUCAGGAAUAAUCGGGACAACGAAUGGAAUUUCAUUUUCCCCUGAAACCACAACACCCAUAGAUGAUGCCUGGGAUAGCAUUACAAAAAAAGAUUCGAUGAUCAAAGAAACUGAAAACAGAGAUGACAAGAAUUACGACAUUCAUGAGGAAGAUCAAUAUGAAGAAUAUAGUGAUAACAGUCGAUCGUUUGUCAACUCUACUGACGAUUAUGAAGAAAAAUACGAUUCUACCGUCGACAGUAUUCUGGAAAAUGUAAGUUCUACUCCUGUUCAAACACCACCUUCUGAUGUGAAGCCAUUGAAGAAUAGGACAGAAAAUGAUGAAGAUGAAAACUAUGAUGACGAUGAUGACGAAGAAGAGGAUUAUGAAGAAGGGAAGCGUCAGGAGCCGCACAAAGAAGAGAGUAUGGUAGUCGAAAACGAAGUUGAUAAGUGCGAGGACGGGUUUAUUCUGGAUCAAAACCAUAAAUGUAUAGACGUUGAUGAGUGCAAUCCAGAUACCAAUCCGUGUUCAGAUAUCUGUGAAAAUACUCUGGGAGGCUAUAUUUGCAAAUGUUCGAAGGGUUUCAAAUUAUCCACUGCAGAUAUUCACGUUUGUCAGGACAUCGAUGAAUGCCUGGAGAGUCCUUGCUCUCACUCCUGCACAAAUUUAGAAGGGUCUUAUCGAUGCGAUUGUCCAAAAGGACUCACCCUGCAAAAUACAACCUGUGUCAAUUUGACCUGUUCGCAUGGAGAAACAAAAAUAAAUGGACAGAUUCAGUGCACUUGUCCUUCAGGAUUCGUCCUUGGGUUUGACAACAGAACUUGCGAAGAUGUGGAUGAAUGUUUGUUAUUCAAUGACUGUUCACAUAACUGUCAAAACAGUGAAGGCUCGUACUCCUGUAGUUGUAGAGAAGGAUUCAAAUUGGAAAAUGGUAAAGUUUGUGUGGACAUUGAUGAAUGUCAAGGAAAACAUGGCUGUUCACAGGUUUGCAAAAAUACACCGGGAAGUUUCGAAUGUUCCUGUUACGAUGGGUAUGAGUAUGAUAAUUCAACGAAGUCGUGUGUAGAUAUUGACGAGUGCGACGAACAGCGAGAUUUAGAUGAAUGCACCCAAAUCUGUAUCAACUAUAACGGCGGGUAUGAGUGUGCUUGUCGAAGUGGUUUCAGGUUAGCAUCAGAUGAUUCUACGUGUGAAGACGUAGACGAGUGUUCUGUAAACAAUGGUAACUGCUCCCACACUUGUCAGAAUCUCCCAGGGAGUUUUAUCUGUCACUGUAAACAGAAUUAUAACCUAGAAGGGGACAACAGAACUUGCAAAAUUGUGAACCCAUGUCUGGAGGGAAAUGGUGGUUGUUCACAUCAAUGUGUGAACAGUCAAGGUUCAGCGGAAUGUAGAUGUCCACUGGGAUAUAGCUUGGAAGGAAAACAAUGCUUUCUGAGAGAUCCGUGCCUCGUCGAUAAUGGAAAAUGUUCCCACAUAUGUAUAAACGCGAAUGGGGCUGUCAGAUGUAACUGUCCUCCAGGAUACGAACUCGAAAAUCCAACAACAUGCCAUAAAAUCAACCCUUGCACAAUAAACAAUGGCAACUGUUCACACUUCUGCGAAUACAUCGAUGGGCACGUCAAUUGUUUGUGUCCAGAACUAUACUCUCUACGAAAUCAAACCCAUUGUGUUGAAAUCGACCCAUGUUUAACAAGUAACGGAGGAUGCUCCCAUACCUGCCACUUUGAGAAUCACAGGCAAACGUGUUCAUGUCCUCACACUCACGAAUUGCACAAUCAAACAUAUUGCUUCGAGAAAAAUCCUUGCCUUGAAGAGAACGGUGGCUGCUCCGAUAUCUGUGUGUAUAAAAAUGGUACACUUACUUGCGGUUGCCCAGAGAACUACUAUUUGGAAGGAAAGAUUUGUUACAGGGUUGAUCCUUGUCUGAUUGGUAAUGGCGGGUGCUCUCAUGAAUGUUUUUCGGAUGAGGAAGGGAAUGUACAGUGUUCCUGUCCAAGAAGCCUACAUCUUCAGGAAGAUAGAAGCACUUGUAUACCUGAUGAUCCUUGCUUGUUAGAUAACGGCGAUUGUUCCCAUAUUUGUGACUCUUCAACGGGCAAAGCAGUGUGCUCGUGUCCAGAGGGGUAUGUGCUUAGAAAUAUCACGCACUGCGAGUUCGACCCUUGUUCUGUAGGGAACGGUGGAUGCUCUCACUCCUGCCGAACAGUUGACGGAGAAGUGGAAUGUUCUUGCCCAGAUCACUAUAAUUUAGUGAACAAAACAACAUGCGUGGGGGUCAACCCUUGUUUCAUAAACAACGGGGGUUGUUCCCAUGAAUGUGCCACGGAAGGCAAUAAAGUGAUUUGCUUGUGUCCAGAGGGGUACACGCUUGAAGGAAAGGAAUGCUUAGUGGUCAACCCAUGUGAUCAUAAAAACGGAGGUUGCUCUCAUAUUUGCAGCAGCAUCAACGGGCAGGUGGUUUGCAAAUGCCCCCCGGACUUUGAGCUCAUCAACAGAACUUGUUUCAAAACCAAUCCCUGCUCUUUGAAUAACGGAGGAUGUUCACAUGGAUGCACCAAUAUUAAAGGUUACGCCAAAUGCACUUGUCCUCCAGGUUACAAACUUUUCGGUAAGAAAUGCAUGGACGAAGAUCCUUGCUCGAAGAACAAUGGAGGGUGCUCCCAUUCGUGUCAGAAUAGGGAGGGAAAAAGAGAAUGUUCCUGUCCUCCCGGAUACUUACUUAGACCCAAUAAGAGAGUUUGUAAAGAAGUUAACGAAUGCAGGGUGAACCGGGGAGGCUGCUCUCAUGGAUGCAAGAAUUUGCCUGGAUCUUACCAGUGUACUUGCCCACAUGGUCUGAAGUUGGAUAGUGUGAGGAAUAAAACUUGUGUAGAUAUCGACGAAUGCCUCGUUGAUAAUGGGAAAUGUGAAAUGAUAUGUAGAAACUUCAAAGGAGGACAUAAGUGCGAUUGCCCGGAAGGUUACAUUUUGCAAGUGGAUAGACGGUCUUGUAAAUUAGGCAAUACAGAACAGUGUCGGGUUCCCUCUCCACCUAAACAUGGUGUUCUGAGGUGCUUGGACCAUAGAGCAGACUAUGGCAGUUUUGUACCUUCAGGCACUAAAUGCAGAGCCUACUGCAACGAAGGUUAUAAGCUGAUAGGACAAUUCCAGAGAAUCUGUAAUCGUGCUGGAGUUUGGGAACACGACGAGCCCCGUUGUGUCGUGGCGACUUGCCCCAAACUUCCUCCAAUACAGAACGGUUGGUACCUGCCAGGGGUAUGUAAUUCUGGUAGAACGUACCCUGGAGAGUCGUGCGAGAUUUACUGCAGAAAAGGGUUCGUAGCUAAGCAAGACAUUGAAAAAUACGUCUGCGAUAGUAAUAUGCAAUGGAUGCCAAAUGUACGACCUGAACAUCUACGGGAUGCUUGUGUGAGACAUUUACCAAACGUUAAUAUCAGGUGUCCCAAAAAUGGUCACAUAGAGUUCAUUUUACCACCAGGUCAACGACACGCGUUUGUGAAGAUUCCCAGGCCAGAAACAAAUAUUGAUUGGAAUUUCGUCACUUCACAACCAUCUUGGGCUACCAGAUUGGAAAAUACCCUGCCAGCAGGGAGAACUGAAGUGCGAUUCACUGCUGUAUCACCAAGUGACUUCAACAGCUCAGCCUCAUGUCAUCUCGUUAUCAACGUGUUGGACAAAGAGCUGCCGAAGAUAAUGAUGUGUCCGGAGAAUAUAGAAAGAACCCUUGGUAAGGGCGAACAUAUGCAGAUUGUUCAUUGGAGGGAACCAGAGUUUCACGAUAACGUGGGAAUAGCCACGGUUUACAAGUCUAGGGAACCUGGUAGCGAAUUUGGACUGGGCUUACAUCAUAUCACUUACGUAGCAAGUGAUGAAGCUGGAAACAGAGCUUUUUGUCAUUUCAGUAUCAAUGUAAGGGAUGAUUUGCAAUCUGAAGAAUCGAACUCCAUCAAACAACAUCCAACCACAUAUGCCAAUCAUCAAACUACAGGAAAGUAUAGAGCUGUAUUGAUCUGUCCAAGUGGCGUGCAAUACAUGUCAAGUCACCCAGAUAACUACAACAACAUGAUAACAAGUGAAGCAGGGUGUUACUGGAGGCAUGUCAGAGUGACCAGACCGAUGCAACCACAGAACUACAGAGUACCCCCUAAAGUUCAUUCAGAAAGCAGUUUACCCAGUCAUAUGAGGAGUAACAGAAGAGUAUUUUUCAAGUGGAACCGAUAGGGGGAUUUUUUUACAUGUUUCUAAUCUUUUUGUUCUAGAUAACUACUAGUUCAGUAAGAGCUAAACUGCCAUAAAAUAAGUUUUUCGAAAAACAUUUCAUAAAUGUUCAGUAUCAUCAUUGAGGCGGGUUCUUUGUGAAUUUUAUUAUAUAAUAAACGGUAAUAUUGUUUCCAGUUG